AUGCCGUCCGCCGCGGCCAGACGUUUGUACGAAGAUCAAAUACCAUCUUUCAUGUCGGUAUUUGAUCUAGAAGCCGACACGAUAGCCGAGGGAGAGACUGUUACACUUGUCGAUACCAACAUGGUCGACACGCCGUCCAAGCCAUCGUGCUUUACUGACCCGUCGCAACCAUCCAGCCUCGGGCAAGGAGGGCCUCCCUCAGAUCCAACACACAGGCAUCAUGACAGCACGUCUACCCAAAUGUCAGAAUCAACCGAAUCUUCCCCUACGACAACAUUAUCUACGUCCGAUUCAUCCCCAUUGUCCGAUCCUUCACCGUCAUCGUCACCGGACUCGCCCAUCCACUUGAUACCGUUGAAUGAUUAUCCAUCCACAACGUUCGGCUGUCGCUCUGGCGCAUCACAGAACAACAUGCUUUGCGUCCCCGAAUCCCGUGCGUUGGACCGACCCAUGACAUCCCCGGCCCCUAGGAGGCCGAGGAAUAUGAAGGGACUAUCUAUUCAACCGCCCUUAACUAUUUCCACUUCCUCCAAAUAUGUUGCGACAGAGCCGUCCUCGCCCUCAUUCAUCAAGCCCAAGAUCCCUGCCACGAAACGAAAACCCAGUCAACUUAGCUUGAAGACGGGUGCUUCCGAUUUAGCCAAGAAGACGUCGCUGGAGGUGCCGGCAUCUUCAGCAUUACCGCCAAUCUUGCAGCGUCGCGCUCUGAAGCAUUCUACUUCGUCGCCUCAUAUAUUCGCCGCCAUGAAGUCUUCCACGUUUGGUCCCCCCGGGGGGAUGACCUUUCCUAAAGUCCUGGAACGGAAUGAGUCUGGUCUAUCAGAAAUGCUGCGACCCACAAAGCAAAAGUCCCUCAUGGAUCUUGACGAUGCUAUAGUCGAAGAAGACUCCCCAAUCAAGACUCAGCUAGCAAGUCUCAGCGAUUACAAGCCAUUCCACGAGGCUGUGCAUAAUGAAGACCAGAAGUCACCAGGAUAUCCCGAUGGACCCAUAGCUAUGUAUGGCGACCGUAUUUUUCUGUAUCUGGAGCCUACUGCUGAAGAAGCUUCCCGGUUUGAUGUGGUGAUCAAUGUGGCCAGGGAAGUUCGGAACCCCUUUGAAGCUGCUGAGCGGAUUUCGGAGCAUGCAUCAACACCGGAGAAUGAGAGUCCCAUACCCGAUACGGCGGCAACAAUGGCUAGCUUCACGACGGCUUUUGAAUAUCAACUAACAGAAGACUCGUCGAUCGAUACUCCAACAACUCCGAAGGCAAACCCCUUGCAUGUCCCGGAGUAUAUUCACAUUCCUUGGGAUCACAAUACAGACAUAGCUCCAGAUCUGAUGCACCUUUGCGAGACGAUUGAAAACCGAGCCCAAAACGGCAAAAAGGUUCUGAUUCAUUGCCAACAGGGGGCCAGCCGUUCAGCAAGUUUGAUCAUCGCCUACGGGUUAUAUCAGUCCCCCGAUUUGAGUGUCAAUGAUGCAUACUACGCAGCGCAAGCCAAGAGUCGUUGGAUUAGUCCGAAUAUGAAACUCAUGUACUCACUGCAAGAUUUUCAUAAAGAAGUUGCCAAGAAGAAGAGGUCACCGUCUUCGUCAGCCCAUAGGCCACGGACUGGACGAAGUCCGACCAAGCAUCGACUGACGCUUUCCGCCGAUGCGAUUGAUAUCACUUCCAAGGAACCCCACACAGCUCCUCUGCCAGGAGAAGAUAUAUCCUCCGAGGCAAUGGAUUCUGAUUGCCCGAGUCGACCCCGAGGCAACUCCACACCUAGUUCACAGACAAUAUCGCCAGGUCCUGCAUCGGCUCCAUUGAGCUACUCUUGGAAAGAGCACUGUGAGGAUCCCGUUCCUGAGCCGAGCCCGUCAAUACCUAGCCGACCAUUUGAACCAGCUCUACCCCAUUUACAACCCUUGCCCGCCGUACCGACAGGGGAAGCGUUCUCUCCUCGAUUUGACGCUGCCAUCUUGGCAAAGCCAGAUAAUCUCCCACGGCGACCUAAGACUGGCUUGGGCCGACCAGAGCCCAUAUUCGAGAAUUUAAGCCAGACAUCGACGAUACUCGGCCUUCGAUCUUUUGACUCACAUGCGGUCUUUUCGAGCUUCCCUUUGCGCAAGUUCCAAAAGCUCUCCCCAAGGAACCCGAUUGACGGCACACACCUAGAACGAACGGUCACAGUAAGCAGGUCGCAUCUCGACGAGACGGCAUUGCUCUCACCCAGAGCCGAGGUCAUGACAACGAACCCACUGCAUGACGUGCAUGAGGUCGCUGGCAUGCGAUUCGUUGAAUCGCCCCCCACGCCUACAGAAGGCUUGUUCUCGCCAAGAGAGUCAUCUUUCCCGUCCGACCCGUUUUCUUUCUUUGGCCGCAUGAUGGGUUUUAGCCGGCCGGCACAAGCAGCCGACCCUCGAAGCCCACCCACAAGGGGGGAAGCUCCGAUUAUUCGCUCCAUUGACGAGCUGUUGCAAUGA